CAUACAUACUGGAGAAGGGAGCUGGAGACAAACUUGAGACACGAGGCAAGUAAAGGACUUAUGUAAAUAUCUACGUAUAUAUAAUGCCCUACGCACAACGAAAUGUUCAGUUCACUUCCAAUAAGUAGCCUGACACUUACUCUCUCCGUUUGUCAGCAAGACGAGCUAAAUAAAGUCUCAAGUCUCCUCAUCAAGUUUUUUCAUCAAGUCCAGAUUUUCAUCCAACGAUGAAUUCAUCAAUAACUAGGGCUAUUCUCAUCUUCGUGCUUCUAGUCUUCGUGCAAAAUUCUUUUGCACAAAUAGGGAUUCAACCCCAAACCUCAAAAGAAGGAGAUGAAAAUAUGGUUUUUUACAACGUCACGAGAUGCAGCUCAAGCAUUUCCGCUCCGAAGGGCCACGUCCGACGGAUUCAAACCAAUGGAAAGUGUGUGAACGUCUACUCUUCCGAAAAUUGUGCAGGAUGGUUUGCUAGGUUGGAGUCUGGAGAGGUCGCACUUUCCACCUUCUCGGCCGACACGUCUUUCUGGAAUGGAAAUGAUUUUAAAGUCACUAAACUUAUAGUUCGAUCGAUUGGACCAUGCUUCGAUAAGUGCGACGCCAGAAAUUGGCACAACGACACAAAGGCCAAUACCACAGUGGAAUUAUUCCAAAAGCCAGAAUUUGAAGGCAACCACUCAUCACUCGUGAUCAAUGGGGACGCCUGUUUCCCUCUCCCUUUCCAAGGCCAAAAUUUGAAAUCCAUUCGAAUCCAUGGGAAUAUGACCUCCUGCAUCGAGCUCCAUGAAAGUGUCAACUGCGGAGGGAGAUAUACGCAAUUACGACCUGAAUACCCGGACAUGCAUCAAUUGCCCAUCUGGACAUCGAAGGCUGUGGCCAUUUCUAGGUGUGGAAUCUUUUGCGACAAGACCCCUCCAAAAGUCAACCAAAUUGCGGAAGAAAAGUUGGGCGACAACUUGGUCACAGUUUUCGACCAUUCCGGAUUUUACGGCACCGCCAUGAACAUUAACCUCACCGGCGGCUGCAUUACUUUGGACCAGAGCUUUAAAAACUUCUCGAUCCGGUCCUACAGCCAGUGCGUGGUCUUCUACGAGGAGCCUGACUGCAUGGAUACGUCGGGAUAUUCUCACCAAACCAGUGGUCAAUCUUCGGAUUACUACGCCCAGGCACAUUUGACGAGGACUUAUCCCAAGGUCCUUAGGUCCAUCCAACUUUGCGAACACGACCUGAAAAUUAACAAUGUUGAACCUAAAUUUGCAUUUGUUGUUUCCCACAUUUGGGAAAUGAGCACAUUCGUCCUUUCCGUGGUGCUGUUGCUCGUGCUUAUCGGAGUGGGCGCGUCCUGCGCAAAUAAGAGGUGCAAGGACAAACCCUGUGAUAAGCUGGAGGAAGAGGACAGAUCUGAUGUUCUGUGCACAUCUGAAUCUCAAAUAUAAUUGGUUUAAUGAUAUUUGUGUAUACAAAUUAUUUUAGGGUUCCUACAAUAUUUAUUUAUAUCUGUCAUAUGUACCAAAUAAUUUAUCAACAUUGUUCCAAUCCAUCCUAUUUCAUAACUGCUAAUUUAAUUAUGCCACGACAAAUAUUAUUUUUAUACAAAAAUAAAUACAUAUUGACAUAAUCUGUAUAAUGAAAUUUGUUUACAUUCAUUUGACAUAAAAUCGUCGAGUUUCAUAGUUGAGAUAUGUAAGAAGGAAAUUAGUCACCUUGUCUAAUACCACCUUAAUUAUUAUAUGCAUACAUAUGUAUAUGUACGUACAUAAGUAAUAAUACUGUCUAAAUAUGUCCAUAAUUUCAAUAAAAAUAUAUACAUACAAAUGUUCUUUUUCAAAAAAUUUCCAUCAAAUUCUCAUCAUUUCUUGAUUAACAAUUAGAAGCACAUUGGUCGUGUGGGUAAUGAGGUACUAUCAUCAUGAUAGUAUCAUCAUGAUACUAUCAUGUAGCUCUUUUUGUACUUUUUAUAUACACGAAAAAUAUGCCACCUCCAUGGCGAUAUAAUUUUUAGCCACUUAAUUUCAUAAUUCUCCCUUCUGCUUUCUGAGAAGUAGCAUCCACGCCUAUGUCUGUACAUCGACACCCAAGUUUUAUAUAUGAGAACAGCAUGACGAUAAAAACAAGAAUUAGGACCAUGAAGGGAAGACGGUAGAAAAUUAAGUAAGUAUGAUCCAUUUUCUCUUAAGUGGAACCGCGCUCAAUGACCUGUGCAUUUCGACCCGCUUGGUAGAUAUUUAUAAAGUCUUUCGUAAAUUGUAGGUAGGAACCAGACAUGUCAGUGUUUGUUUCGAAGGAUUUAUCUUUCUUCAUUCUUGGUCACCAAUACGACUUUCCGUAACUACCUUCCAAUUUGCGAUUUUCACUCGAAAUCCGAAAUGUACUUGCUGGUUUUGCGCCAUUAACGUUCGAAUUUUUCUAUCUCUUUCGCGUUGAAACGAAGAUUAGAUUCCGUUCUAUCCCACAAUGUCAAAAACUUGCCACUUUCUCCCAAAUAAAGGUCAUUUAUGGGGUUUACUGUUUUAGGGGUAUCUUUCUCAAUGCUAACCGUGGCAUGACCAAUUCGGAAUUUUACAGGGAGUUCAGUUUUUAUGCACAAGUUUUGUUGAUAAUCUAGACUGGCAGGGCUGCCUGCGUGAAAAAAUGUGUUUUCCGAAGUCUUUAAGGGAUCAGGGUUGACGUAGGUCUCGUCAUAAAUGGUGAUAAUUUUUAAUGACAGUUGGAGACAAAGUUUUUUGCAACAUUUUUGGAAGGUAAUUUUUCGGUAUUUAACGUAUUUUGCAAGACUUUGUUUGAUUUUUUCUGUAAUCCCCACUUUAUGAACUUUAAGGCUGCACAACAAACUUUUUGAAAUUUUCAGUUCCAGAAAAUUUACUUUUAU